UUGAUGUGAAGCAGCUGUGAAUAAAGUUUGAGUGGGUUGAAUGCAGCCUGCUAAUCUGUAAGAUUAGCAGUGUGUUCUGUGUUAGCAGAUUAGUUCUGUGCUGUUAAUCCAGUUUCAGCCAUUAUGGCGGACAGGAGGACCACAGUCCUGCUCUCAGUGCUGCUGUUUGCGUCUGCGGCGGCGUUCGUGGAGGAGCUCGAUGAUUCCUUCAUGGAGACAAAAGGAGACGAUGAAAUCUGGCUCAUCAAGUUUUACGCCCCCUGGUGUACGUUCUGUAAACAACUGGAUCCGGUUUGGCAUCAGAUUGGAUCAGAAUAUAGGAGUCUCGGCUCUCCGGUCCAUGUCGGCAAAUCAGAUGCAACUGCCAACACCGGUUUGGCCAAAGAGUUUCGCGUCAGAACGUAUCCAGCCAUCCUUAUGUUAAAGAAGAAUAUAAAAUAUAAUUAUUCAGGCGUGAGAACCAAAGAUGGAAUAAUGGACUUUGCUAAUCGGAUUGCUGGGCCGCUGGUUCGAUCACUUAGUAGUGUGCAGCUCUUCCAGCACGCCAUGAGCCGCCAUGAUGUCAUGUUUGUUUAUGUAGGAGCCACGUCACCGCUAAAGGGAAACUACACGUCAGUCGCUGAGCAGCUGAUUGUCCACACUUACUUCUUCUCAACCAGCAGAGGCGUCCUACCGAAGGCGGUGUCUCUGUCCACUCUGCCUGCUGUGGUGGUAUUUAAAGAUGGGACUUACUUCACCUACAGCGAGGAACGUGACGGGGACCUGAAGUUGUGGAUUAACAGAGAACGAUUCCCAAACUUCUCCCAGAUCGACAGCUACACUCUGUAUGCCAUGGGAGAGACAGGUAAGCUGGUGCUGUUGGCGUUGGUGGAGGAGAAGCACCUGUGUGAAGAAAGUCUCAGGUACAAGAGUCUGUUGGAAAGUGUGGCUGCAGAGCACAGAGAGAUCUACAGCAGGGAGAUGUACUUCGGCUUCAUGGCCGGCUCUGAUUACAUCAGCGGCCUGGUGAUGGGUGAGAUCAUUGUGCCCACAUUCAUCGUGGUGAAUCUGUCCAAUGAUGGCUACUUCCUGCCCCCUGGCACUGUGCAAACGGAGCAGAACCUGCUGGACUUCCUGGAUGGCGUGCUGAACGGCAGCGUGCAGGGUCACGGAGGAAACGGCGCCCUUCAACGAGUCCGACGCCUCGUUUAUGAUACCAGAGUCACGCUGGCACCCGUCUUCAGCCACACGCCGCUGCUCGGCUGCUUUCUGGUUGCCUUUCCACUUACCAUCGGCGCCUGCUUCUGCUACCUGUGCUUUAAGGCCCGCCCCACUGUGGUCGAUGAAGAUGGCACGCCACUGUUAGCGCCUCCGCUGGGAGGCCACAAAAAAAGCAAGAAAAAGUCAGACUGAUGGCAAGGACUACCGAGAGGACCUGAGACCAAUCCAGAAUCACGGCCUAGCCGAGGACGUUUUCCUCUGAUCUGUGACAACUCGGCCUGAGUCAUCGAUGAAAAAAGUUCUGUUAGAACAGCUGCAAUAAAACAAAAGCAAAGAAAAUGUGUUCUAUGAAACUUUGUUU